GGCAGGCAGGGAGAAGUACUGCUCCGAAUAGUGACGGUGAUCAAGAGACGACACACUCAGCCGCUGUUGUAAAAUGCAAGAGGUGGACCAAGUGUCAGGCGCCACCGCUCGCCUUCUCUUUCAUCUCUCACUCUAUCACUCUCCCGCUCUGCUCUGGUUGUCUCUAUCUGCAGCCCGCUGGCUGGCUUCUCUCUCUCUCGCUCGUUGGCUGGGGCUUGGCUGGCCAAGCAGCGAAGUGUAUUGACACAGUGGACUACCUGCUGCCUGGGGACUAUGUGCGCUGUGAGUACUCUAUGAAUACGCGGAGCUCCAAGUUGUUGUUUUGGCUGCCAGUGAAUGGCCUUGUCCCUCGGAGGAACAACUUGAAGGUGAGCGUCAGGAACCGGGAGUAGCUUCUGGAAGAGGAACAGACAGGAGGAAUGGAUGCUUGAGAAAAUAGCGAGAUUGAGCCAGCUUCUCCUCAAUGAGCAGCUUCACCUCAAUGAAAAAUGUGUGAAUAAGCGACAGUUUUUCAGAAAAGGAGAAAACCGAGUGACACUCUCGGACAGAGGGUAGUAACAAGAGCCCCCCCCCAUUUUAUUUUUGGAUGAAUAUGCCAUUGUGUGGACAUAAGGAAAGAUAGAGAAACACAGUCUUCAGUGAUUCUGUUAAUGUCUUAACAGUGUUUUUCUCUCUUUUAUCUCUCUGUUUCUUUGUGUUUAUCUUUCUCCAGUUAGUGUCGGCUGUGGCUUGUCACCUCUGUAUAGCCGGUCUCUGGUGGAACAGCGCUAAGGAGAAGGCGACUUGCGCUAAGGGACAGAGAAGGGGCACGUAAAUAGUUUCCCUCCCAACUUCCCGCCACUCUCUACAUUUUUUUCUGACCUGCUUUCUCCGGACCCCAGGGGUGGCCCCCAAAUGCGAGUGGCAAGGGAGCCAUAUUGUUUUGAAACAAGGAAAGGGGGUAGUGGAAAAAAAUAUCCCCCUUCACACUCCUGAGAGCAUAUGGUUUAGCGAGUGGUGGCCAGCUGCUUACUAGCCACCCGCUAAUUACGCUAGCGCGACAACAGGGGCAGCUCUGUGCUCGGAGGAGACAGUCGUGUUACUGCUGGCUUUAUUUUGGUGCUGACUGGAGCUGUACGGAACAAUAAGCUUGCGGGCACAAAGAAUACAAAGAAGCAGUUCUUCUUGUUUUACUUGUAGCGUUUUGUAAGGAAAAGAAAAGGAGGCUGCUAAUGAAUGUCUUUACAGCUUCAGAGCUGCCGGAGCUCUAGCCACAAGGCUCCCAGUUUAUCAGCCACAGGAGGCUGAAGGAAGAUGCUCCCCGCCAAGUCACCAGGGGCUACUCUUGACGAAUGCUGUGGCAGCGCAGGGGUGCCUGGUUCAUUUUGUCUUGAGGGCUGCCGGGAGACCAGUGGGAAGUGGAAUUGUUCACCAAGCCGGUGAAGAGAUCAAGGAGGCUCCUUACUGUGGAAUUACUUUACUUUAAUUACUUUAACUUUCAGGUGCACAUACGUGUGGUUGGUUCAUACAUACACUUUCACACUGUAUGUUUACUCACUCCCCACACAUACAAUCUGUCGUGGUCCCCUUCCAGUGCUUGGAUUAAAAUGGAGGUAGUGUGGGCAGGUGGGGGGCUGUAGGAGCGGAGGCCCAGACCCGUCUGUCCUCUUCCCACAAAUGGAUGUUAUUAGUUUCCAAAAUUAGUUGCCUGGAAACCUCUAAAAGCUUCUGGCCGUGUCUUUCUGAAAGCAACUGCAACUCCCUCCCCACAGUGGAACACAGCUUGAGUCAGAGCUGAAUCUACCAGCCAUUACCCAGCUUAUCAUUCUCUCCUCCUCUUGCCUCGUUUCGCGUGUCAUCUUUAUUCCGUGGUUCUUCAUCUCCCACCCCGUUACCUCCCCGUCGGGGACGGACUCUGGAAGUGGAGUAUGACCAGCUGCCAUUACCCCACGCCGCCGCCGGAGCGGGACCGGAUGUACCAACACAAGGUGUCCCUGGUGGUGCGCUACUUUAUGAUCCCCUGUAACAUAUGUCUCAUCCUGCUGGCCACCUCCACGCUGGGCUUCGCCGUGCUGCUCUUCCUCAACAACUACAAACCUGUUCACUUCACACCAGCCCAGCCUCCUGACGAUUGCAGAGGAAUGCUAUGCGGCUUCGGUUCAGUAUGUGAACGUGAUGCGGCUGACCCCUCCAAGACAGAGUGCGUCUGCAAGAAGAUGGUGUGUCCGUCGGUUGUGGCGCCUGUGUGUGGCUCGGACUCCUCGACCUACUCCAAUGAGUGUGAGCUGGAGAAGGCCCAGUGCAACACGCAGCAGCGCAUCAAGGUGCUGCGCAAAGGACCCUGUGCCCUGGAGGACCCGUGCAGUGAGGUGACCUGCAGCUACGGCAGCACCUGCAUCCAGUCAUCGGACUCCUUGUCGGCCAAGUGCAUGUGCCCGCUGAGCUGCGACGGUAAGCCCGAGCAGGUGGUGUGUGGCAGUGACGGCCAAGACUACCGCAACGAGUGCGAGCUCUACAAGCAAGCCUGCCACACCCAGAAGAACUUCCGCCUGCAGCACCAGGGAUACUGCAACCCCUGCAAAGACAGCGAGAACAGUCUGAAUGUGGCGUGCCGGGUGGAGCCACGUACCCGCCAGCCCCUGACCUUUGCCCCCCCGGAGUCCUGCCCACCUGUCAAUGAGCCACUGUGCGCCAGUGACAGCCAGACGUACGAGAGCGAGUGCCAUAUGACGAGGACGGGCAUGCAGAAGGGCAUUGAACUCAGGAAGAUCCACCCGGGCCGCUGUAAGAAACAAGAGAUGUGCAAGGUGGAGUGCAAGUUCAAUGGCGUGUGCCAGGUGGAACGUCUAGGCGUGCGCUGCUCCUGCGAGCCUAUCCAGUGCGACGGGACCUACAAGCCGCUGUGCGGCAAAGACGGACGCAGCUACGUCAACGACUGUGAGCGGCGACGGGCCGAGUGCCUGGCUAAAGCCCACAUCCCCGUCAAGCAGCAAGGCCCGUGUGAUCUCCACGCGCCCAGCCCGUGCCUGGCAAAGGCCUGCGAGUUUGGCGCUGUGUGCGUGGUGAAGAACGACAAGCCCGUAUGUGAGUGCCCCGAAGCCUGCCUCCAGACACCCGACCCAGUGUGCGGCAGUGACGGCCACAGCUACGGCAGCCAUUGUGAGAUGAGGGCCACGGGCUGCGCCCUGCAGAGGGAGAUCCACAUCCAGCACCGAGGACCCUGCGACGAGGCGUGUGCCAACUGUUCAUUCGGGGCGAUCUGCGAUGGGCAGUCGGGCAGCUGUGUGUGCCCGCAGGAGUGCGUGGAGUCCCACCAACCGGUGUGCGGCAGCGACGGCUCCACCUAUGACAGCGAGUGUGAGCUCCACGUGCGCGCCUGUUCCAAGCAGCUUGACCUGCGUGUGCUCGCCCAGGGAGAAUGCAAGACCUGUGGCAGCGCUGUGUGUGCCUGGGGGGCCCAAUGCAUCCAGAACAAGUGUGAGUGCACGCAGUGCCAGGGCCAGGCUCUCUCGCCUGUGUGUGGCAGCGACGGCAUGACCUAUGACAACACUUGCGAGCUGGGCUUGGCAUCCUGCGUCCUCAAGAAGAAGAUCGAGGUGGCCAAGCUCGGCAGCUGCGAAGAAGAGUGUGGUUCAGGAGGGUCGGCCUCAGGUGUUGAGAGCUGUGAACAGGAUAGGUGUCGUACGUUUGGAGGCUCGUGGGACGAGGACACAGAGGAUGACCGCUGUGUCUGUGACUUCGACUGCAAUCGCAUGCCUCGCAACCUGGUGUGUGGCUCAGAUGGGAAGACCUACAGCAACGAGUGUGAGAUGAAGAAGGCCAGUUGCGAAAGGCAAGGGCAUCUGCUGAUCCAGAAUCAGGGACCCUGCACAGCGAUUUCAGCCACCUCUCCACCGGAGCUGACAGCGCCACAACGCUGCAUUCAGUCAGUCUACGGCUGUUGCCGCGACAACAAGACGGCGGCCCUUGGUGUGGGACUCGCUGGAUGCACCAGUACGUGCCAGUGUAACCCGUAUGGCUCCUACAAGGGGACGUGUGACCCGGGCAGCGGCCAGUGCUCCUGUAAGCCCGGCGUCGGGGGACAGAAGUGCGACCGCUGUGAUCCAGGCUUCUGGAACUUCCGUGGCAUUGUCACAGAGAACUUGAGCGGCUGCACACCGUGUAACUGCGACGCAGUGGGCUCGGUGAGGGACGACUGCGAGCAGAUGUCAGGCCUGUGCUCCUGCAAGACUGGAGUGAAGGGCAUGAAAUGCAAUGUGUGCCCCGACGGCAGUAAGAUGGGCAGGAGCGGCUGCGACACAGGUGCUGAUGCCCCAACCUCAUGUAAUGAGCUGGACUGCAAGUUUGGUGCGUCUUGUGUUGAGGUCAAUGGUCAAGCCCACUGUGAAUGCCCCUCGCCCGACUGUGACGAGAUGAACAAGACCAAGGUGUGUGGCUCUGAUGGGGUGACCUACGCUGACCAGUGCCAGCUGAGCACCAUUGCCUGUAGGCGGGACAAGCACAUCAGAGUGGAACACUUUGGCCAGUGUGCAGACCCCACAGCCACCACCAUCCCCACAGCGGAGGACCGCUCGUCGUGUGACAACACUCCCUUCGGCUGUUGUCCUGAUGGCAAGACGGCUUCUAGCAGCCCUGAGGGAGCCAAAUGCCCCUCCACCAUGCGGUUCAGCGGCUUCCUGCACUUGGACCAGGUGGAGGGCCAGGAGGUCUUCUACACCCCUGAGAUGGAGGAUCCCAAGUCUGAGCUGUUUGGCGAGACGGCCAGGAGCAUCGAGAGUGCUCUGAACGAGUUGUUCCGUAAAUCAGAGGUGCAGAAGGACUUCAUGAGUGUCCAAGUCCGCAGCCUGGCGCCCAGCAACUCCAUCCUGGCCUUCAUCGAGGCCCACUUCAACCCAGAGACCAGGUUCACGGUGCAGGACAUUGAAGGAGCCCUGCUCAAGCAGCUGAAGGCAGCCAAGGAGACAGCCAUUGUGGUGAAGAAGCCAGAGGAGGAGAAUAUUCGCUUCAACAACUAUGGCCUGUUCUCCCUCCCCUACUUCACCACCAGUACCACAGCUACCGCCACCACCCCCACUGCCAGCACUGCCACCAGCACCACGCUGCCGCCCCCCAACUCCCCUUUCAUCACACGCCGUCCCCUGGGCACCACACGCCGUCCCUAUACCAGCCGCCGGACCACCGCCGCCCCUACCAUGGCCCCCACUCCCACCACUACUAUCACCCCCCUCCACAGGACCAGCCCUGUGCCCCACUACACCAAUGCCCAGCAGCCCUGUGACUCCCACCCCUGCCGCCACGGCGGCACAUGCGAGGACGACGGCGCCGAUUUCACCUGCAUCUGCCCUGCCGGGAGAGGGGGUGCUGUCUGCGAGAAAUUGAUCACAUACUUCAUCCCGUCAUUCGGGGGUAAGUCCUAUCUGGCCUUCGACACCAUGAGGGCCUAUCACACAGUCCGCAUCGCAAUGGAGUUCAGGGUGGCCGAGAUGACGGGCAUCCUGCUCUUCAACGGCCAGGAUGGCAAGAAGGACUUCCUGUCUCUCACCCUGGUCAAUGGCAAGGUGGAGCUCAAGUUCAACACCGGCUCGGGCACAGGCACACUAGUCAGUAAAGUCCAGGUGAAGCAGGGUCGCUGGUACCAGCUGGUGGUGACGAGGAACCGGCGCAACGCCGUGCUGAGCGUGGAUGACGAGCUCCACAUCGAAGGCGCCAGCCCCCCCGGAACCGACGGCCUCAACCUGGACACACACCUCUUCAUCGGAGGGGUGCCCGAAGACAUGAUGACAGAUGUGAAGGAGAGGACCUCCACCGGUACAGGUCUUGUUGGCUGUGUUCGCACGCUGGACGUCAACAACCUGGUGUACAACCUGCAGGAGAAGGGUGGCAACGUGCUCUACGGCACCGGCGUAGGCGAGUGCGGCAACAACCCGUGCCAGCCGAACCCCUGUAAGAACAGCGCCUCCUGCCAGGUCAAGGAGGCUGAGAUGUUCCACUGCAAGUGCAUCAACAGCUACUCCGGUCCGACGUGCGCCGACACCCACAAUCCAUGCGAGCCUAACAGAUGCCACCCAUCGUCCCAGUGUCAGGUGCAACCAGAAGGAGGGUAUAAGUGUGAGUGUCCCAUGGGCCGCGAGGGACUCCAUUGUGAGCAAGUGUCGGACAAGAAAGGGGCCUACAUGCCGUUCUUUAGUGGUGACUCUUACCUGGAGCUGAAGGGAUUACACACCUACGGUCACAAUCUCCACCAAAAGGUCAGCAUGACGGUGGUGCUCAUGGCCAACGAAUCCAACGGUAUGAUAUUCUACAAUGGCCAGAAGACCGACAGCAAAGGGGACUUCAUCUCCCUCUCCCUCAACGACGGCAUCCUGGAGUUCCGUUACGACCUGGGCAAGGGCCCCGCCGUCAUCAGGAGUAAAGAUAAGAUCAAGAUGGGUGUGUGGAACACAGUGAAUCUGGAGAGGGCCAGUCGCAAGGGAGAGAUCAACAUAAACGGAAAGGACCCAGUCAGGGGAGAGUCGCCGAAAUCACGCAAGAACCAACACACCGCUCUCAACCUGAAGGAGUCUCUGUUCGUGGGUGGUGCUCCUGAUUUCAGCCGGCAAGCGAGAGCCGCCUCGCUCAAAGAUGGCUUCAAGGGGGCCAUUCAGAAGAUCACCCUGAUGGGCACUCCCAUCCUGCGGCAGGAGAACGCAUUGCACUCCAGUGACGUGGCAAUGUUUAAGGGCCACCCGUGCAGCCGGGAUCCCUGCCACUACGGGGGUCUCUGCAACCCCAUGCUUGAGAGCUACGAGUGUGUGUGCCCCCACGGCUUCACGGGCACAGCCUGUCAGAACACCAUCUUGGAGAAGUCCGCCGGGGAGUCGGAGUCCAUUGUUUUUGACGGCCGGACUUUUAUCGAGUACCACAACGCCGUCACCAAGAGUGAGAAGGCCCUGCUGGUGAACAAAUUUGAGCUGAGCAUCAAGACGGAGGCCACACAGGGCCUGGUGCUGUGGAGCGGCAAGGGCGUGGAGCGCUCUGACUAUAUCGCCCUGGCCAUUGUGGAUGGCCGCGUGCAGAUGACCUAUGACCUGGGCUCCAAGCCUGUGGUGCUUCGCUCGACGGUGCGCGUCAACACUAACAGUUGGAUCUGCAUCAAGGCCAGCAGAGCACGUAGGGACGGAUCUCUCCAGGUGGGCAACGAGGCAGCAGUCACGGGAUCGUCGCCCCUGACAGCCACUCAGCUGGACACAGACGGAGCUCUCUGGUUGGGUGGCUUGGAGGAGUUGAUGGUGGCCCGCAGGCUGCCUAAGGCCUACAGCACGGGCUUCGUUGGCUGUGUAAAGAAUGUGGUGGUGGACGGCAUGGGGCUUCACCUGGUGGAGGACGCACUCAAUAGCCCCAAAAUAUUACACUGUUCCGCCUCUGAGGACAAAAAAUAGCCUGGUUAAACCACCCCCUUCAUAAACUACAUGUCUAAUGCUGUAAUUAAGUUCUAUUUUUGUAUAAUUAUCAUCGCUUUUUAUAUUGGAAAAAAAUAAUACAUUGUUUAAAUUAGUUUUUAUUUUGUUUCGUUAUGUUUCGUUCAUUCAUUAUCCCCCUCCUGAAAGGCCGGUGUAAAUACCUUGCGUACAUUUGUGUGGCGUCGCAAGACAAGCGAAAGUUGUAUUAAUUGUAUUUGUUAUUUUCAAACAAACACGAACAAAACCUUCAUAUCGCUCAUUGCUUGAACACUGGUGAACCACAUUGGUCCUCUCUAUUAUUGCCUCGUCUUGGUGUCAUAUCAGUCACUACCACCCAACACAGCCUAUAGACAUAACCCUAACUCUACAUACAAACAUUCCCGUGUGAGGCAAAUGCAGUAGACAUACUGCAGAUACCUGUGUCAUGUUCGUUAGAGCACACUGUUACAAAAUGUUUUACAACAUUUUGCAACGAAAACAAGCCUGUCUUAUUGGUGCCUCAUGAACACAACUCUGGUUUCAUAGAACCCUCUGCUUGCCCCUGAUAGGACACAAGUGUAUUCCAUAUUAGUUAAGACUGAGUUUCAGAAACCGCCUGAUCAAACUCUUCAAAACUCCUCAUACAGCGCAAAUACUCUCAGUUGGCUCUGAACCAAUGUCUAAGUCUCAUUUUUGAACAAAGACAAAGUGCCCUGCAUUCCAGAACAACUUACAUAUCAUUAUUUCAAAACAUCCAUCAAUCAAGAAAUGUAAUAAUAAUUUACAUAAAUAAAUGUAAUAAAUAUAGAGUAUAUAAAUACCUGAGACUGUGAAUAUGUAAGAUUGGUUCUCUUCUCAUGUAUUGUGCUUCUCAUGUGUUGUGCAUAUUCUAUUUUGCAAUCAGUAAAGCUAACAAUGACCACUAGUUGCAUGCAGUUUCUGCGGUGUUGAUUUAGUUUCGCCAGAUCUUUUCCUUUUCUGAGGCGAACGUGUCAGCGGUCAAGUGGAUUAUUUUACUCUCACCUGAUUUCACUGAGCUUGUAGAACUAUUUCAUUUGGCUGGGUCCUUUUUUUUAUGGUGUAACAGAACAAGUUGUUGUUUUUACCACAUCUGGCCUGAUGGAGGAGCUGUAAGAUAAGGCUAAAUACAGGAAGAGGAGAGAUGUCAUACCCAGGUGGUCAAUGGGACCCUUCAAUGCUCAGUCAUGGAAUGUUCAGUCAUCAAUGAAAUUCUUCAAUCUUUCAAACUUCAGAGUAAAAAAAUGUUUCUCAUAUUGAAAUGAAAACUGGUUUAUACUCUUGCAUUAAAAUAAAGGGGUCCAUCUCUUGCUGUUGGAAAGGGGAUAAUGUGAUAAGUUGGGAUAUUGGGCGGCAAAAUUUUAAGAAAAAUCCCAAACAUAAUUGCAAUUGCAAAUAAACAUACUAAUACAUGGGUUUGUAUUAAGAUGAAUUCUGUAACAUCCAAAAACUGACAUAAACCCACUCUGUUUUGAUACAUAAGAUACUUGGCAAUAUUGUUCACUUCAUAUUUCCCCCUUCUGAAACAAAGGCGGCCAUUUUGUACGUGUAAAUUUAGCAUUGUGUAAAACUGUGGAGGUUAUGUUUCUAGUACUAUACACUGGAACCAAGAAGUCUGACUUGUCUGUUCACUUACACACAAUAAUUAUGUUCUUAUGUCAAUGGGGAAGGGAAGGGAAGGGGAAGAGCAUUGAAGCAUAUGGCUUUUGAGUCAAAUCAAGGACUAGUUUCCAAAGCUAAGACCAGUAACCGUGUGUGCGUUUGUAUGGUCUACACCACUGCAUUUCUAUGUUGUAUUACUGUUGAAUGGGACCUAUUCCAGUAGUUGUGGAAUGUGUCCUGUGUUAUUGACACUCAGAAGUGACACUGGCUCAAGAGUAAGACGGGCACAAUCUAAUGUCGGGGGAGUUGAAACUGUCUAUGAAUUGCCUUAAAACAGUUCAACGGCUCACCGGUUGACAAAGUCGUUGUCCAUACUGUUCUGUGCUCUUAUUUUAGCCAGCAUCCUAGCCUCAUCAACCCCAUCGUGUAAAUGAAUAUGUAAUAAUUCAAUUCAUAAUAAUGCUCAUGCAAGUCAUCAGAGAGCCUCAAAAAUGUCUGCCUCUGGCUUUUACAGAAAAUGUACUAUUUACUGUUUGAAUCUAUUUUCUGUUCCUUUGUCUUCAAGUGGAUUCCCCUAUCGACUGGCCUCUAAACUACUGUUUGAUUGAGACGCUCCUGAAGGGCAGUGCACCGAGUAAGAGUGGCAUGACCUGACCAUUACUAACUUUAUUACCUUUGUCUUUUGUUCCUACCACCAUGAAAUAAAAUGUCAAACAGA